CAGACAUGCAACCAUUAUCAGUGGACACUUUCGUGUCGUCGCUGAGGCAAUUACCCGUCCUAUGGCGAGCAACCCCCUCCCGUAAGAUUUUGUCUUCUGCUGCUGCGCUGGGUGCACUCGCCGUCGUACUUCGCUACGCCUUCUCACGACGGAAAGGCCGGAAGCUCAUUGACUUGCGGAGAAUUGCUCGCAGUCUAGCAACUGGAGAAGGAGCCGGCGAUCACCAGAAGUAUGAUGUCGUGAUCGUGGGUGGUGGUACAGCUGGUUGUGUACUCGCCUCUCGUCUGUCGGAAGACCCCAAAGUACGCGUCUUGUUACUGGAAGCCGGCAGCAGUUCUCUGCAUAACCCGUUGUCACGCGUGCCCGCCAUGUACCCUCAGUUCUUCCACUCGGAAUAUGAUUACGACCUGUAUACGGUCCCUCAAGAGCAUGCCAGAAUGAAGAGGAAGUUCCACCCGAGAGGGAAAAUGCUUGGAGGAUGUGAGCACCGUCCUAGUUUCCAUUACGGCUCUCCAUCGGAUUUCGACCAGUGGGCAGAGCUUCAAAAAGGGCAUGACGGGGCGUCUAACUACAAAGACUUCAGUCGUUAUCUGCGUAAGUUCGAGAGCUUCCAUCCGAGUGAGCAACACCCUCUCGUGGACGCCUCUCUACGAGGAUCAAGAGGGCCCAUGCUCAGCGGUUACUUCGCGAAUUGUUCCGCAGGGACAAAGCGCUUCCUCGAGGCAUGCGUCAAGGCGGGAGUAUCCCUCAAUCAAGACUUCAACACCAUAAGGGGCACGCUAGGUGUCAACACAGUACUGACGUUCAUUGAUCCCCGCGGCCGACGUGUGACGACAGAAUCUGCCUACCUCACUCCAAAAGUGCUCGCCCGAACGAAUCUCACUGUUGCCACGGAGGUCCAAGUUACCCGGGUCAUAUUCCAACAAGUCAAGGGUAAGACUCCGCGGGCAGUUGCUGUACACUUCAAGGAUGCGCGCGGUGGCGCGUUUGAGGUAAAGGCGAAGCGGGAGAUUGUAUUAUCGGCCGGAGCCAUGCACACUCCGCAACUCCUCAUGCUUUCUGGGAUCGGUCCAGCGGCACACCUGGCCUCUCACGCCAUCCCCGUGGUAGCUGACCUUCCUGGCGUCGGCUCUCACCUUAUGGACCACCUCUUAGUAGACUACCACUUCCGAGACAAGACGAAGUCGGUUCUUGCCGGGCUGUCACACGACCCGCGCAAACAUGGCAAAUUCGACUUGCUAGCGACGCUUCGACGGCUCGCGCUGGUUGUGCACUACACGCUCACAGGAAGAGGGCCUUUGACGACGAAUGUUGCGGAAGGCCUCGCGUUCGUACGUUCUUCUGACUCGGGUCUCCUGGCGCGAGCUGGUGUCAAGCUGUCCACGCCGGAUGUCAUAGAGGAUUCCACUACAGGACCAAAUGCACCCGACCUUGAGCUCUUGUUCUCGCCUAUGGCUUGGCUCGAGCACACGUGUGGGGCUUACCCCGAGGGGUAUCACUUCGGGCUCCAUACUAUUCUGCUGAGACCUACGAGCACAGGGACAAUCAGGCUGAACUCGGCGGAUCCGUCCGAUCCACCACUCAUCGAUCCCCAAUACCUCUCCACCGAGCACGAUGUGGAGGUGCUCGUGCGCGGCGCACGCCUCCUCGCGAACAUCCUCCACAAGCCUCCCCUCGUCGACAUGCUCGACCCCUCCGGCUCUACCGACACCACCGGCCUGCUCAACCACGAUCUCGCCUCGAUGAGCGACGCAGAGCUGGAGGCGCUGAUCCGCGACCGCGUCGAGACGAUCUACCACCCCACGUGCACUGCGCGCAUGGCUCCAAGGGCGGACGACGGGGUGGUCGAUCCGUUCCUUCGGGUGUAUGGCGUGGAUGGAUUGAGGGUGUGCGAUGCGAGUAUUUUCCCGACGAUCACGAGUGGACACACGGUGUCCCCGACCAUAGCGGUUGCUGAGAAAGCCGCUGAGAUGAUCCUAGAGGCUAUACAUGCUUGAGCCUUUUUGUACGUGGCGUCACCGUUUGAUUGCUUGAGGGCCACUCGAAGACCGUGGUGUCGUCUGAAGCUCGUAUGCGGCCAAAACUGGAUGGUCCUCGUACCGCGUGUGGCGAAUGUGCGUGCUGCUCCAGAACCAGGACUGCUUCCUUGGACAACCUCGGAAUGCGUUGUACAACC